AGAGGCUCCUCCUGCCCAUCCCUUCCUGCCUGGGGAGUCUGAAGGAGCUGCCAGAGGCUGCCCCACAGCCUGGCCCUGUGGGAGGACGGGGGCCGUCGCCAUGUCGGUGUCGCACAGCUCCAGGCUGAACAAGCUGGUGCGGGAGCAGUACAUGAGGCUGCCCCAGGAUGGCCGGGUUCAGGUCACCUACGUCUGGAUCGACGGCAGCGGCGAGGGAGUGCGCUGCAAGAGCAGGACCCUCGAUAAGGAGCCCAAGAGCAUCGAAGAUGUCCCCGAGUGGAAUUUCGAUGGCUCCAGCACGGCGCAGGCGGAGGGCUCCAACAGUGACAUGUUCCUGGUGCCGGUCUGCAUGUUCAGGGACCCUUUUUGCCUGGACCCCAACAAGCUGGUGCUCUGCGAAGUGCUGAAGUACAACAGGAAACCCGCAGAGACCAACCUGAGACACACGUGCAAGAAAGUGAUGGACCUGGUGAAGGACAGCCACCCCUGGUUCGGGAUGGAGCAGGAGUACACGCUGCUGGGCAUCAAUGGCCACCCCUACGGCUGGCCCGACAACGGCUUCCCCGGCCCGCAGGGCCCCUAUUACUGCGGGGUUGGAGCAGAUAAGGUGUACGGGCGUGAUAUCGUGGAGUCCCACUACAAGGCUUGUCUCUAUGCGGGGGUGAAGAUCUGUGGCACCAAUGCCGAGGUGAUGCCCUCCCAGUGGGAAUUCCAGGUGGGCCCAUGCGAGGGCAUUGAGAUGGGGGAUCACCUCUGGAUGGCUCGGUUCAUCCUCCACCGUGUCUGCGAGGACUUUGGGGUUGUGGCCACUCUGGAUCCCAAACCGAUGACCGGCAACUGGAACGGAGCCGGGUGUCACACCAACUACAGCACCGAGGAGAUGCGGAGGGAGGGGGGUCUCAAGCACAUCGAAGCCGCCAUCGAGAAGCUGAGCAAGCGGCACGAUUACCACAUCUGCGUGUACGACCCCCGGGGCGGCAGGGACAACUCCCGGCGCCUCACCGGCCACCACGAGACUUCCAACAUCUUCGAGUUCUCGGCCGGCGUGGCCAACCGAGGCGCCAGCAUCCGCAUCCCGCGCCAGGUGGGCCAGGACGGCUACGGCUACUUCGAGGACCGGCGGCCGGCGGCCAACUGCGACCCCUACGCCGUCACCGAGGCCAUCAUGAGGACGACGGUGCUCGACGAGACCGGGGUGGAGACCAAGGACUACGCUGACCACUGAGGCACGGGGUUCUCGUGCCUACAGCAGCUUCUCCCGUGGGAUUUGUGCCUCGUCUUCGGCUGCAAGCUCAGACUCCUUAGGAACCUCACUGCUUCUCUUGUAAAACGUUGGCUUAGAAAUAUGUAUUUUAUAGCAAGAGGGAGGGGCCCAACCUGUUUUCUCAACCACUUCGUUUUUUUUCUGGUUCCUGGUUUUAGG